GACCUAGUCUUGUACAGCAAAUUUUCAGGAAGCUGUAAAAGCUAACAGGAAAUUCACAAAAUCAGUAACACCUUCCCAUGUUCAAGAUACACACUUCAUUUAUCCUGAGCCUGAUGAGGAGAAUGCUGGGACUGAUAUGAAAAUAAAUGGUAAAGAUUUAUCAAAGAAAGGCAAAUCUCCAACAAAAUCUGAAGGUAAAGGAGAAGAUCAUACAUUUUCAAGACGCAAGUCUAUUAAUGAAACUGAUAAAUCAGUACAGAAAUUACCAGCAGUUGACACAGGAAAGCAAAUGGAUGAACUACUUUCAAGGAAAACUCCAGUAGAAACUGAGAAAAACCAAGAAACUGUGACAUCUCAACUGAAAAAUGUUAAAUUAGAGAAAAAAGUGUUAACUGAUAAAGAAAACUCUAAAGAUUAUGGAAUUCCAGCAAGCAGUUUAAAGGAAAAAGUCCUUGUUCAGGAGAGAGAACAACUGUAUAAAGCUAAAGAAUCUGCUGGUGUCAUGGAAGAGACUCCAAAACUUCAGUUUCCUCAGUCUGAAUAUGAGAGAGUACAGUAUACUCAUUCUACUGACAAAGAAUCACUCCCGUUGUUACCUGUUAAAAUCAAAGAAGAAUCAAAAGGGAAAAGAAGACAUACAGAAGAAAAGUCAGAACCUCCUUUGAAAUUAGAUCCCAAAGGAUCUACUAAACCUAAAAAAGCUGCAGAAACAAAAAAAGGAAAUUUAAUGAGAAAAAGCACAGGGAAAGAACACACAUCACUGCUGUUUCAGAUCUCCCACAGUUACACAGAGUCCAAGAAGAAUCACCUUUGGACCUCUACUCAAAGAGUCAAGACAAGUCAUUACCAAGGGUUUUAG